AUGGUUGAUAGAACAGUUCCCCUUUUAAAUCAACAACAAAAAUAUGCCUACGAUACACUCAUGAAAGUAGUGAACGAUGGAACUGGCGGAUUUUAUUUUUUAGAUGCUCCUGGUGGAACUGGGAAAACGUUUUUGUUAUCAUUGAUUUUGGCCACGAUUCGAUCGCAAAAUGGAAUUGCACUAGCCCUAGCUUCAUCAGGGAUUGCAGCUACGUUGUUGGAAGGCGGUCGAACAGCUCAUUCAGCUCUCAAGUUGCCCUUGAACUUUCAAAUAAAUGAAACUCCAACUUGCAACCUUUCGAGGAAUUCUGCCAAGGCCAAAGUGCUGCAGCAAACCAGAUUGAUCAUUUGGGAUGAAUGCACGAUGGCACACAAAAAAUCUUUGGAGGCAUUAGAUCGCUCAAUGCAAGAUUUACGAAAUAACAAAAACCGGUUUGGUGGUGCAAUGAUACUAUUGGCAGGUGAUUUUCGAGAAAUAUUGCCAGUUGUUCCACGCUCAACGCCAGCUGAUGAACUAAAUGCAUGUUUGAAGUCGUCCAUUUUAUGGAAAUACAUUAAAACACUUAAAUUGAGUAUAAACAUGAGAGUCGAAUUGCAGGAGGACCAGUCUGGAGAAGUGUUUUCCAAACAACUACCCUAUAUUGGUAAUGGUAAUAUUGCUGUUGAUACAUCAUCUGGAUACAUUACAUUCCCUACCAAUUUUUGUAACUUUUGUGAAUCAAAGACCGAACUCAUGGAGAUGGUGUUCCCUACAUUGCUCAAAAUUACGUAA